CCACGAUACCUUAUUUGUGGUUUCAGUGCACAGAACGUCGGCAGUGCUCUUUUAAAGUGAAUAAUGGAAGUCCAUAAUUCACGAAAAAUGAUGUUCACCAAGACUGAAACCGAGUACAAUAUGAAAUCUAUAAGAUUUCUAUUGUUGACGAUCACAACUAUGUUUAUUAUAAUAGCAGGUUUAAUGAUCGUCCUGGGAUUUUCCGUGUAUUCCCACUACCACACGUUCUCGUUCUUCUACGAGAGCGCCACAACGGGCCGGUUCUUUACGCCCUCUAUUCUCAGCAUUAUUAUGGGCAUGUUCCUUUUCAUCGUCACUCUAUUUGGGUUCUUCGGUAGCUUAAAACAGAGCACAUGCUUGGUUAACUUGUAUGCACUUAUUUUGGCGUUGAUGUUAAUAGGAAAAUUGGUCGUCGUGAUAUUAGCGUUUACAUUAGACACGCAGUCAUUGAGAAAUUACAUUUAUAUACCAGUGGCAGAAUAUGCUGACGAUCCAGAAAUUGCAAUGGAAAUUGACCGCUUACAAGUUUGCCUCAACUGUUGCGGAAGCAAUUCCUACUUGGAUUACGUGGGCAUGGAAUUCUCAUCUAAUCAAUCUACAGUGGUCGUGUCUACGAUUGUCAAUGGAGACCAAGUGUCAGUAAUAGUACCUGAGACCUGUUGCAUCACAAGAGGAAGUGAGUUUUGUACAGCUAUGAGGGCGAACAGUUGCAAGGCCGCGCUGGUCAAUUUGUUUGUACAGAACUCCAGUGUGAUUGGCGUUUUGGGUGUAUCUGUUAUGUUUAUACAGUUAUUGGGUGUUAUAUUUGCGAUCCUUUUAGCGAGAUGCAUCCGGAAAAUGAAAAGUGAAAAGGCUCUACAAUCUUGGAAAAUUAAGGAGCAAAUGAUUUUAGCGCGCGAAGAGAACAAUCAAAGUACACGCCACACAGAAGAUAAUGUUGCAGAUAGCGUUUACAUAGCCCAUCAUGAUUGUAGUACAGCUUGAAGAAAGACUAAAUAUAUAUUUUUAUUUUAAUGUAUUUAAUAUAUUAUACAUACUUUUAAUUAAACUUUGUUAAGUAAAGCUUUGCAUUUUGAAAAUUUUACAGCAAUUAACAGACUUUUGUUUGUUUUCUUAUAUUUAAAAUAUAUAUAAGGUAAAAUAAAAACUUAAUGUUGAAUGACUAUAUAUUUAAAAUUAAAAUACAUUAUAAAUGUACUUAUAAAUUGAUUAAAAUUGCAACCGGAGCAAGUGUUAUAUUAAAUACUUAGU